AUGCCUGCGUUAGGAGGUGACUACAGAUUGGCCCAAGAACGGGAAUUCUACAAAUAUAUUCCGCGCGAACAUUCGACAUCGCAUUAUGCCCCCUUCGACCAUGCUAGCGAAACUACAUUCAAACCGCAACCGUCGCGCGAUUCCGCCUUGACCUCCUUCGCUCAACUAGGCGCUAUACGUCUAGAAGCUCAACGAUCCCUGAUUUCUCUAUUCGAUAAAACUCAUCAGCAUGUCAUCGCAGAGGCAACCCGGACCUUGGGACUCAUUGGUGGAGGAGUCCAAGAUGAACGCGACCGACUGCGGUUAGGAUGCUGUGUGCUCCCUAAAGAAAGGGGGUUUUGCCAGCAAGUCGAAGGUUUGCCCUCUUGGGAGUAUUCAGAAGCCGCCGAGGUCGUCGGGGACAGUUCACUGGUGGUCUUGGAUAUACAACAGAACCCACAUUUCAGGUCCCGUCAAGUCCUGCACGCGCUGUCUGAUGUCCGAUUCUAUGCUUCAGUGCCUAUUGUGAGCCCCAAAGGGUUUACAAUUGGCGCCUACAGCGUAUUGGACCAUGAACCAAGGAUCUCGGCCCCCAAGCAACAUGAUCUACAAUUUAUGAAAGACAUGGCUGCAACCAUCAUGGAACAUUUGACGAUGGGUCACUCCACUCGGAAAAGUCGCCAGGCCGAACGCAUGAUUGUCGGAUUGGGGAGUUUUGUUGAAGGCAGGUCGACCCUUCGCGACUCGUGGCGGGAAGCCAAUGCACAGUACGCUGCCUCGGAACAGUCAGGAGAGACUAUUGAGGGCCAGUUGAAUAUUCAGCAGCAAGAUCUCCAACAAUCCCUCAAGGGACAGAUGGGGAAGGAUAUGGUCAUUCGCCAACCUUCCAAAGGCGCUAACAAAAGUCCUGGCCCCGUAUCGAGUAGCGACAGCAAAGAGACGAGGGGUAGAGAAGAGCAACACAUAGAGAUCAACAAAGUGGAUGGGUCUGUUCGAAGCGUCCUUGCCGGUGAAAGCUUGCGAGAUGACUCAGUGGAGACCAGCAUCAAACAUGUCUUCUCGCGCGCAGCAAACUUGAUCAGGGAAUCAAUUGGCGCUGAGGGAGUUAUGUUCCUCGACGCCAACACCGAUCGUUUCGGAAGUCUCGUGGAACGGACUACUCGGAAAGUUGCUGAUCCCAGCUCAAAGGACCCAAUAUCGAGUAGUGAUGAAAGUACCGAUUCCCAAUCUUCCUCCAAACGCAGCUUUACCAAAAGUGACCAUGAGGAUGAGCUAGGCGGCGCUCUUUUCUCCGAGUGCUUGGGCUUUUCCAGCUCCAGAACAUCAAGCGUCAACGAACAGGCAAGAACUGGUCAGACAAUCGUGGUUCCAGAGCCUCUGUUCAGCUCACUGAUUCGGCGAUAUCCCAACGGGAAGAUAUUCACUUACAACGCCAAUGGAAUGGUUUCCGAAGACAGCGAUCCCUCACGAAAUCUGUCCGAGCCCGAUCAAUCUACAACUUCUGGGGCGCCUCGCACUCAAGCCCAACGCCCCGCCAGCAAACGACGACGCAAGCCAACGUUCCAGCAGGACGCCAGUAAUCUUAUAAAAAUCAUCGGAGAUGCCAGAAAUAUCCUUCUUCUACCAAUAUGGGACUCGGAUAAAAACCGAUGGUUUGCUGGAACACUAGUGUGGACCAAUGACCCUGAGCAUAUCUUCACCACCGAGAAUGAGCUAGUCUACAUUUCUGCAUUUUCUAACAGUAUCAUGGCCGAAAUACGUCGACUUGACGUGGAAUUGGCCGAGAAGGCUAAAACCAAACUUGUUAGCAGCAUCACCCAUGAGCUUCGGAAUCCACUGCACGGAAUCCUAGGCACAGCGGAUAUCCUUAGUGAUACCGCUAUGAACGCUCUUCAACAUGGUAUGGUCCAUACUAUAGAAUCGUGUGGCCGAACCCUCCUAGAUAUCAUCAACAAUUUGCUCGACCUUACCUUCAUUGACAAGUACAAGAAGAAACUUCCCCGCUCACGAAGGAAGCGAGAAAGUAAACAAUUGCCCUUGCCUCCACGUGUGAAAGAUGUCGGGCCCGUUCAAAGCAAGGAUCACGGCGAGGAUACUUCAAUCGCCCAUGUUAAGCUUGAUGCAGUACUGGAAGAAGUCACGGAGUGUGUAUUUGCUGGAUAUAGCUUUUACACUCACCCUCAGGCACCUCCCCCAGCCUUGAAUGAUUCAUCCUCCCGGUGGGGUGGCCCCACUAGCAAAUCUGACCAAGUCGGUCCUCGUGCUAGUCAAGUCACAAUUAUCUUCGACAUUCAGCCCGACACAGAAUGGGACUUUGACACACAUGCCGGUGCCUGGCGCCGGAUACUGAUGAACGUUUUCGGAAAUGCACUCAAAUACACCACCUCAGGAUAUAUCUACCUUGGGUUGAGUUCGUCUCAAUUGGAAACUGUCCGAGGGGAUCAAGAACGCGAAUUCGAGGUCACCCUUACGGUGAAGGAUACCGGAAAGGGCAUUGGAGCCGACUUUCUGCAAAACGGCCUGUUCACCCCGUUUAGUCAAGAAAAUACACUCGCAUCUGGCAGUGGACUCGGGCUCAGCAUCGUUCGACAAGCCGUGGGAUUUCUCGGCGGUUCCAUUGAAAUUGAAUCCAGUCAAGGAGUCGGCACCAAACUGUCGAUCCGCACGCCACUCACUCAGACAUCCCAUACAUCGGAUACUUCAUCUUCGAGCUCGACCUUUAGCUCCCUCCAGAGAUAUACCCAGGAUAGAACGAUUGGCUUCCUCGGGUUUGGGCAUUCUCUCCAGUCUCAGCGAGACACGGCCUUGUUUUCGUCGUUGGAGCGGUUGUGCAGCAGCUGGUUUGGUCUUCAAGUCCGCAAUAUCUCCCCUCAAGAGGGCGGGGAUAUAGACUGUGACUUCUAUUUGGCAGUGCAGACAGAAUUGGACUCGGAAAAUACCGGCGGGCGAGAUCUAUUUGGUCUCAGUCAGCGUCUUGCUAACAGAGAUGGCCGCAGCUCGCCGGUCGUAGUCAUCUGUCAGUCUCCGGAGGAAGCGCACAGAAUGUUUGUUGUCGCCAAGAAUCGAGAUGAAACGCCAUUGUUUGAGUUUAUCAGUCAACCAUGCGGGCCUCAGAAGUUCGCUCGGGCGUUAAACAUCUGUAUCAAACGGCAGCUUGAUGCUGAAGCUGGCCGGUCCAGUCCCGACGAGCCGACUCGUUGGGUGGAAUUGCCAGAAUCCACCCAUCUGCCGGUCGAUUUUGGGGCCACUGAGCCCCCCAAUGAGAGAAUGAAGAUCAGCAAGCGACCGACAACAGAUACUAUGGGUAGUCCGGAAGCCCGGAACAAAAGCCAAUUCUCAUCCCCUAAAGGGGGUUCCGAAGCGGGCCCACUGGACACUGCCCAGUCACCUUCUUCCCAGGAAGCUGGAAGGGACUCGGAGAUUGCUGAGCGAUCUGUCUUACUGGUGGAUGACAAUGAUCUCAAUCUUCAAUUGUUAUGUGCCUACACGAAAAAAGACAAGUGUAAUUAUAUGACGGCCAAGAAUGGUGCAGAGGCGGUUGAGAUCUAUAAAGCCCAUCCCGGCAAGUUCCGGGUGGUUAUCAUCGAUAUUUCAAUGCCCAUUAUGGAUGGCUUCGAAGCGUCGCGCCAAAUUCGACGCGUAGAAAAGGAGCACCGGGCCAAGAACGAUUCCUUACAAAAAGCUCCUGCCACAUAUAUCGCUGCCUUGACUGGACUUGAUAGCCCUGAUGCCCAGAAAGAGGCAUUUGGCUCGGGCAUUGACACGUUCCUCAUCAAGCCGGUCAAGCGACCAGACUUGCAUGCCAUCCUUCAGCGAAUAACGGAGUAA